AGAAAGUCACCCGGGCGCGGUUGGAGUAGUCUCAAUAGCCUCUACACGCUGAAAGCCUUCCUGAUGGAUGCAUGGAGGUGCCCUCGAAUGCGGUGGAGAGUAUUCCCCGUCGUCUGCUGUGCGCGGACGCCCUGCAGACGUGACGUCACGCGUUGCCAGGUUUGAAAACUCCAGCGCCUCUACCAGUCGCACGCCAACCUUUGGAUCGCGAGCACGUACCCCCUGUGUCGGUCGUCCCGUCCCGGUAAAUCGAAUAUCACCAAUGUUUUUGUCUCGGUUAAAUGAGUGAAAACAAAAAUUAACUGAAUUUAAAUUGAUUAAAAUAAAAUAAUUGUCGUAUCGUGUUCAUGGUUCCGUGAGUUUGUGUUUAGUGUGUCGCAAGUAUCGAUUAAAUUGGCCGAUCGGGGGCUGAUUAUCGCGGCGCGAGUGAGUGUAAAUAUUUACGAAUGAAUGGUGAGAUAAAUUGACUCGAAAAUCUACUUUACAAAACACGAAAAUUGUUGUGCCAAGGCGGGGUUCAGGGCAUAUUUAAAUUCACCCCCGUUUUAUUCCGGCGUUCACUCCAAUUGCCGGUGUGUGAUGUCCUAGUGAACAAUACAGUUUCCACGGUAAAAAAAAAAUAGAAUCGCGCGAGGAUUAACGAUCCGUGGUGAAUAUUUUUUUCAAGUGAUUUCCCCAAGUGAUGAAAACAAACGUUUAAUAAAACAUAAAAUUGAUCAGUGUCGCGUGAAGAGAGGGGUAAUAAAAUAGUUCAUGUAUUUUGAGGAUAGAUUGAUCAUCAGUAAUAUCAAUUGUAACAGACAUUCAUUAGUCUGUUAUCUUAUUGGAGAUUGAUUAACGGUGACGGAGUGUUACCUCUGCUGGUGGUGCUGAUGGUUUAGGUGAAUUCAAUUGAAUUCCGUAUUUAAUUGAAUUAUUUAUUGAAAGUACAUCGAGUGAUAAGUGGCAGUGAAAUUCAGUGAUUAGUGGUUUUGUGGUGUUAGUGGUGGAGAGAUAUUCGGUAUUUUGUAACUGAAUUCUUACAAUGAAUGAGACCCGUGACUCCAAGUGAUAAUAGCCCUGUUACAUCGGCCUCACCAGGGGUUUGUGAUCAACAUGUCUAACGUUUUGUUUCUACUGUUCCUUGGAUCGUUACCGGUGAUACAUGCUGAUAAUUUGGCUACUUUAUUAGGUACAUUAAAGACCUAUCAGCGAGCUGCUUGCGAUGAAGAAACGAUGUCACUGCGGUGUCCCCCGGGCACCUCCAUCUCAGUCGUUCAUGCACGAUAUGGGAGGGUGGCUGAGGCAGCCGUUGGUAAAUGUAACAAUCCAGAAUUACCCGCCUCAGUUGCACCGACUAACGAGACGUGUUUACUCUCUCAUGCCCUUCAGUAUUCACUGUUGCAGACCGUAGUGGAAAUAUGUCAGAAGAACCGAAACUGCAAGUUUAAUACAAGUCCAAAAAGUUUCCAGAAUGAUCCUUGUCCAGGGUUAGCCAAGUACAUCGAAGUCGCCUACAAGUGUCGUCCCUAUGAAUUCAGGAGCAAAGUUGCCUGUGAAAAUGAUGCUGUUAAUCUUCUGUGCUAUCCUGGAAAACGUGUAGCAAUUCUGAGUGCCUCCUUUGGGCGAACUGAAUAUGAAUCACUGCAGUGUCCUCAACCGCACGGAGUCAAAGAAGAAACUUGUACUGCUCCAUAUGCAACUGAAACAGUAAUGCAACUGUGCCACGGUAAGCGGAGAUGUUCCGUAACUGCCAAUAGUUCCACUUUCGGAGACACCUGCAAACCCGACACCAGGACUUACUUGAAGAUUAUAUACACGUGUGUUCCAAGAGGAGUUCUGAGGGAACAAUUCGCUGGCGAUGUUGAGGCAGAUGAGAUGGAUCUUGCUCCUGAGUUCGAUGAGGGCUUCGACCGUACGGACUUCAAGACGGAGUUCAGCCCGAGUCCAAAUCUUGGGGGACCGCAGCCUCAGCCACGAGAUAACGGCACAAUGAAAUCUCCGACCGUAAGCUCCUCACCACCCCGUGCUCGAACCAAUAACGACAUGGAUGUACGGCACAAGCUAAAAACAGUCGGUAAAGAGGGCAAGACCCAAAGGCGAAUGCACGCAUCGACGAACGAUAUUGAAGGAACAAUGAGUCCAACCGACAAUUCAUCGUCAACCAAUUGCACGACCGUGAUUUAUGCAAAAGCCGAGGAGGAUGAGGUGGCCAUUGGAUACCUCAGUGAAUGGAUCAAUGCCUAUUCAUUCAUUUCAAAAAAUCAAGAAAAAUUCUACCUCUACAUAAUUAUCUCGGUGGCAGCUGGUGGUCUUCUCUUCUUGGGUCUCAUUAUCGGUCGUUUACUGGUGAGUCGUCAUCGUAGCAAGAAGGAUGCCAAUUUUCACACGAACAGUGAGACUCUCCCCAAUGGUUUCGCUGAUGAAAUCUCGGAAAUCGAUGCUGACAUUGAUCUCACCACUCCUGUGCCCAUUCCCAUGCAGGACCCGGGUACCCCAGAAACACAAUUAGCGGAGCGACUCCACAGCGAGCGCUAUUACGGAGAUAACAGAAUGCCAAUGGGACAGGUACAUCAAAUCCAGCCGCACACAGGUAUUCGUGUAGACUUGGGAAAUCACAUGAUUGGCGCUGACAGUUUACACACGAUACUCCGAACUGAGACACCAAGGAGUAUGUCACAAAAGAAUUAUUAUUACGGGUGACAUGAAGAUCGGGACGUUUCCUGCAGUGGACGUCCCACACCUCUAAGUCCUGUACCUGAAGUUAGUACGAGAAAGUACUGCUUCUAAAUACAAUAGCCAACUUACAACUACGUAUUUUCAUUUGUAAAAGCUAAAGAUUCAAUAGAUAAUUAACAUUGUAAAUAAUGGAAGAAUUUGAUAGGCUCCAGAGGUACCAGAAGACGAACAAAUGAAGAAAAAUAUUAUUUAAGUAGUUACAAUUAUUUUAAUUUUACUAAAGAACAUUCUGAGCCAAUUUUUUCAUCAAUUAUGUUCCUCUCUUUUCGUUCAUUUGCGUGGAAUGUGGGAAAAAAUUAUGAGUCACAUUAAUUGACGUCAGGAAUGGAGAGAGAAUAUUUCACUGGAGGAUAAGUUGCCAGGAAAUAUCUUGGCGGCGUUCACUAUUGACUUAUGUGGAAAAAAUCGUUGAAGUUUUCGUGCUAAAGUUUUCCCAUCUUAUUAACAUCCGAGAUAUUCGUUUAAAACUGAUCCUCAAGUGAAUUCAACGAUGAACUGGCGAUGAAUAAAUGUCGGAGAUACAGUGAAGAGGAAUCAAUUGCAUUUCUGAAGAAAGUCAAUCCUUAAACCCAGAAAAUAAUUUGUGAAACUGUGACAACGUCGAUUGACAUAAUGUAUUUCUUUUCUCAGCAUUGGUAAACCUGUCACGCUCUCCUGGGGGUGCACGAUGUCCAUAGUCACGCGCAUAAACACAUGUAAAUUUUUUCCAUCGCAACUCGUUUAUCCGAAAAAUUUAUCACCCAUGUCUUUCUAAUUUUCUAUCCAUAAAAAAGCCCUUAUCAGCUUCAGCUUUGAUACGCCAGUGAGACUUAACGUAGACACGACUAGGUGUCCGUGUGUCGUGAAUGGAUCAGUCGCCGAUUAAGGUUUCGCCACCUAGGCGUAUCCAAGUUAAGUCUAACUGCCCUAUCAAAGCUACCACUGAUAAGGGUUUUUUUUAUUGUCCUGUGAUUCUAAGGAACAGUCUGAACCGAUGGAUUUUUUUGCAAAAAAAGUAUUUAUCCACGAGGUACACGCGCUCUCCGAAAACUGCCGAGUUUUUUUAAUUUGCAAUAUUGUUAGAAACUUUUCAUUUCAUUCGGCGUUCAUUAAUCGAGCGAUGUUAUAAUCGCAUGCAGAAAAUAUUGUCUGUCAAACGAUGAGAAAAGUAUUAGCUGACUCAUGUGAUGACAAUCCUCGACAUCGACUGGGAUUAUCAAGUCGCAUUCGUCAAAUAAUACUUUUAUCUCGUGUGACAUAAUACUCUAUUUUUAAUGCGGAAAUUUCCGAGGUACUUCAAUUAAUGAAUUGAAUUUUAUGCGUCAGUAGUCGGCACGAAAAAAAUGGCGCCUUUGGCUCCUCUCAGAGAAGGAGCGAUCGAGGGGUAAUUCCUCACCUUCGCAUUUUUUCAGUUUUUCUCAUGAGUCUCUGGAGCAUCAAUCAUAAUUAUCAGGGUAGUUAAUUUCUGUAUUAUGAUGUAAAAGAAUUAUUUUUACCGCUCACACUUGUAAAAAAUAUAUCCUCAACUGCAUUUUAUUGUAAUUACUCAGCUUGAAAUUGAAAACGUCAGUACUGAAGUUUUUUGACAAUUGAAAAAUGAAUUACGGUAAAAUGUUAUAUAAUUAUCACUCAAAUUAUGAAUAAAUCAAUGAAUACUUAUUCAAUUCUGUAAAUAAAUUUAUGAUCCAGUGCAAUUGUGUAUAUGCUGACUGCGGAAUGUACGUUGUCCGCAAUUCCAACACAAUUCACGGAAAGAAUGUCUAUGAAUACAUUUCGAUGGCGAAUAAAAUCAAUGUAAGACUCAUUUUGUAAGUGGGUAUUGACGAUCUAAUAAACCUCAAGAAAAUAUUUCAUAUGGAAAUAGUAUGAUUAUGAUGAUAUAUGAAAUGUUAGAAAAAAUGAUAAUUAAAUAUAUUCAUCUGUGUAUAGUACCUUUGAUUUACAAAAAUCUGCAGCAAAUCUUGAUUCAAUGGAAAUAUCAUUUUCUUAUCUCUAGAAAAUUAUAAAUAAUAAUCCAUUAAUCAUUAUUGUGUCAUUGUGCACUAAAAAUUGGACAGACAAUUCUAUCAGAUUUCUAUCAUAUGAUUAUCAGUUGAAAAAAAAUUUAGCUUGUGAAUUUGCUAGAGUUUCCUAUUAUUUUUUUCCCACGUGAUCUUACCAUUAGUCCGUAAAUGAUUCAUAAGAUAUUACGGGGGUCUAACUCCGCCCCAAUAAGUGAAUCGAGUGAAAUUGAUUUAUUUAUUUUAUCAUAAUGGCCAUUCAUAACGAUUUCAUCGAUCUUAAUUGUACCAAAGAGCUAACGAUAACAGAGAGCAUGAAAUUACUGAUGAUGUUCUGUCACAAUUUUUUACAUUACGGGGAAGAUGCAUCCAAAUUUCUUCCAUUGGAGCCCCCUCUUCCUUUGAAAACCAACUGAUGGAAUUAAAUAAUUACUAAAAUGUAUGAACAUACGAAAUUGAGUACUUAAAUAUUAUUUACACCGUGUCCAUAAUAUUUAGUGCCAGUGUGUUAAAUGUUGAGAGAGAGGGCUGUACUAUACAUUAACAAUAACAAAUAAAUAGCAAUGACAAUUCUAUACUUGUUAAAGAUAAAUUAUGCUGAGUGCCUGAUAUUUUUGAGGGUGUCACGGUGAACUGCGUGAGCAGCUCAAUUCUCAUUCUGUGAAAAUUAUUGGAGUAACGAAAUAUUAUUCCCCGAAGUCACCUAAAACAUUUAAUUUUCUAUCGAAAUAGAUCUACACCAUGAACUUAUUGCAAUGUAAAAGAAAUCUCACGCAUUUUACCACACCUUCAACAAAGUUAUUAUUGUAAUGUUUUAUAUGAGAAAUAAAAAUGACUAAUGAACAGCCACGAGAUGGUCAUGAUGAAGAUUGAGAGAAAUUUUAACAAAGUAAAAAUCAAUCAUGAGUGUGAAUUUAUUGUAUGUAUAAUAACCAAAUGUAUAUAGGGAAUCGAGGUUAAUUUAAAAAUUAGGAAAUUAAUCAUUGUUGGUAGAUUAACGAAUGAAAUCAUCAGUGAAUGAUUGUGAUGAAAUGAUAAGACGUUAAAUAUAAGUAAGAUGUAACAUUUUCAAUUAAAACGUGUCGGAUAAUUAAUUUGUCAUUCAUAUCAAGUCAGAUUAUUCAAACUGUUCGCUAUUCAUUUUGUCAUUGACAUUUUACCACCACUGGAUAUUUCAGUAAAUUAAUCACUCAUAGGAUUGCAUAAUUCAUUUACAUUGAACAUUAUUCUCGUAGUAAUAAAGCAUUAACGACAACUGUAAAAAAAAACCCUCCGAGCAUAUUUCUGCAGACUCGAGCUGCAUAGCUGAAGAAACAUGAACGUAAUUGAGAUGUUUUUUUUAUCUCAAGGGUAAUUUAACGAUGUUAAGAAACAAAUUUACUACUCAAUACUCAUAUCUCAUGAGGUCAAAUGAAAAAUUUGUAUCGAGACGAAUUAAAUAAACAGAGUAUCGAGUUGUAUUACUGUACGUGGAUAUUAUUAUUGUAACGAAUGUACGACUGUUGUUUCAUGAAGAAUGGAAGAGAGAAAUUAAAAAAUACACACCUAAAUGAAUUCAAA